CAUGUGUGUGUGUGUGUGAGUGUGCGCGCGCGCGCGUGUCUGUAAAUGUGUGUGUGUGUGUGUGUGUGUGUGUGUGUGUGUGUGUGUGUUAGCCCCGCCCACAGCCUCUCUCCUCCGUGACGUUUGAGGCAGAAUGUCUCCAAUAGUGUUCAGUUGUAGAAAUGGCAGCGCUGAGACAGGAGCAUCGGUAUGGGCUCUCCUGUGGUAAAAUCAACAAAAACACCCCGAAUCAAACUCUCUAUCACGUCAAACUCACUGACACCGCCAUCCGGACCUUGGAAGCUUACCAGAACCUAAAGGCAUCACUAUCAAAUCAGCCAGCGAUUUGCUUCAAGGGGAGUCAGGGGUACGUAAAGAUCCCAGCGCCGACCCCAGAAUCUCCCGAUGGAUUCAGAGUCUUCUCAUUCUACCUGUCCAGUGACAGCAAAGACAAGCCUCAGUCGAGUUUCGACUGCAUUCACCAGUAUGUCUCAGGGGAGGGCAGGGAUCACCUGGAGGGCCAGGGUAGCAUUCAGGACAAGAUCACUGUUUGUGCCACAGACGACUCCUACCAGACGACCCGGGAGCGAAUGUCUCAGGUGGAGAAGGACAUCUGGAGCCGCUCAGCAAUCGAGAUCAAGCCGGGGCCAAGUAAGUGCGUGAAGGUGAGGAAUAAGGGUCUGGUAUCAGGCUCGGAUAGCAGCAACAGGCACUCCCCCAGCAACAAGAGGAGCCUGGUUCCCAGCCCUGUGGCACACCGGCCCCUAAGGGAUCGCAUCAUUCAUCUCCUGGCCUUAAAGCCCUAUAGGAAACCUGAGCUGCUACUGUGGUUAGAGAGGGAGCGGGCCAGUCCAAAGGACAAGGCUGACCUGACCUCAGUACUGGAUGAGGUUGGUAAACUGAACCUUAAAGACCACAGCUACUCUCUGAAGGAUGAGCUGUACAGACACGUCCAGAGAGACUGGCCUGGAUAUCUAGAGGAGGAGAAGCAACUCAUCCAUAGGCUCCUGGUCAGGAAACUUCAGCCACUCCACAGUAGCCAGUUGAAGAGUCCCCAGUCCAAUCAUUCAUUCCGCAAAACUCCCGGGGACUCUCCUUCACAACUCAGUCCUGCCAAGAAUCUCUCCGUGAAACGCCCAUUGCCCUCAGAACCAUCCAACUGUCAGACCCCCAAAAAACAAAGACUAUUAGACCAGUGUUUGCCUCUGCAGUCACCCUCUUAUGGAGACUAUGGGACCAAUGGGGCUCAUAGCUCCUCCAGUAAUGGAAACUCUAGUGUACAGAUCAAACUGGAGUUUGACAAAACCAACAAUCAUCUCCAAGGGAGCCCAAAUCGUCUGUACUCGCCGCACAAACUUAGCGGGUCUUCUGUUAUUCCCAAAACGGAGAGGACAGAGCCAGCCCCUGCUGCACCUAGCUCUAAGCGCCCACACACUGACAAGUCCAAUUGCACUGACCAACAGGUCACCAAUGGCCAACAUAAAAAGAAGAGGUCCAAAAAGCACAAAGACAAGGAACGAGAGCGCUUAAAACCAGACUGGAUUGAGACAAGUCCAGACCUGAAGCAGAACCAAGAAAAUGUCAAAGACCACGAGGCAGAGAAAACACCUGUCAAUCGAACCACAGCAGAGGAACUUCCUGACUAUUUAAUAAAAUACAACACCAUAACAGCACUGGAGCAGCGCCAACAGUACAAGGAUGACUUCUGUGCCGAGUACGACGAAUACAGAGCUCUUCAUGACCGGAUUGGGGCUAUCACAGAGAUGUUUGUUCAGUUGGGCUCAAAGAUCAACACUCUUUCCCCAGGAACACAAGAGUACAAGAUUAUGGAGGACCAAAUACUACAAAAGUACCGAAAGUAUAAGAAAAAGUUUCCUGGGUAUCGGGAAGAGAAGAAGCGAUGCGAGUACCUCCAUCAGAAACUGUCGCAUAUCAAAGGCCUGAUCACAGAUUAUGACCGAGCACAGGAGCUCUCCUAGUAACUGGCCUCUACCCUCGACAGGGUGUAAUAUGACUGGACCAAAAGACUCCUAAUGGACCCAAAGACUUACCCAGUUGGGUCCCAGAGUCGCUGAGACACUAUUCACUUUACUCCUCUGAGUGUUAAUGGAAUCGAGGAGCAAGGUUAUUUUUUAAAAGUGGGCUGAGACCACCGACUCGUGAUCAAAUGUUGCCCCUUAACACUAUGGUUUUGGAUUAUCGCUGUAAAGUCUGGAUUUUUGUUCUGCUGUAAAAUGGUCAGAUGACGCAGUGAAAGCCAAAUCUGUUUUUUUUUUCUGAAGUGCAAAAGAGAUGUGAUCCUUCCUCCUUACUUGCAUUUUUUAUUCUAUCCUUUAUCGUGUCAGAACUAAAAAGCGUUGAUUUAUAAAAGUAUUAAAUUGAUGGUACAAUCAAAUCUUAGGGGAAAACGGAGCUACUAAAGUCUUUAUAUUUAAACACAGAUUAAUUUGUUUAUUUGCUGUUUGCUGAUAGAACACAUCGAAUCACAAAACAUAUUCAUUAGUCACAGUAAUAAUGAUAUUAAUGUGGUCGUGCCAUAAACAGUUGUAUCUAUAUCUCUCUUCAGACCACAUGCAAACAGAACUUAUCAUCCAUAUAAACCUAUAUUUCUGCUAGGCUGAGACCCUUCAAAGGAUUAUCUCGAGAAUACAAAGUGAAGUUAAAAAUCCUAAUAUUCUGAGUUGUUGUUCACAGUGUGCUACAGCAUCUGUGGUUCAGACCAGCCUCGUUGGGCUGAUCUUGAGUACCUUUCUGCCAACGUCCAGUUUCAUUUCUAAGAAAUGUUGCACCAUUCCUCCCAGUAUCAUAAUGCUGCUGGUAAAGAUAGUGCUUGUGCACAUUUUGUGUCAAUUUCACACACAUGUAGCCUACCAUGAACUGCCUUUUCAUUAUCAACUCACACGUCUUCUGGUUACAGGUUUGUUUACUGACAUAGUAAUCAUACUUUAUUUACGCUGUAGAUGAAUGACUACAAGUUGCUCUAUGAAACAACAUUUACAUGCAAU